AUGCGGCUAGAGCUCUCGUCAGGUGAAGUGGUCUUCUGCAUAUGUUCCAUUUCCCUAGCUCUUUAUAUGUCUCCCUUCUUCUAUCCCAGCAUUAACACCAAUGUUUCAAAUGCUUGGGAUUUUCUUCUCGUCUGGGACGACAAAGAAAAUUUUCUGGAUAAUGAGGUCAUCCAAAGUGGCUUAAGUUUGUCGAAUCUUUACGCAAUGUUUACUAUGACCAAAAUUAAUGUUUAUGAGCCAUUUGGAUGGCUACUGAAGGCUAUUCAAGUGCAAUAUUUUGGUUUAGACCCAUGGUGGAUUCGAAUCGUGUCUGCUGUAAUACACGUCAUGGGUGCAGUGAUCUUAGCUCGAGUAUCUGCAGUGCUGCUUGACAUAAUAACGUUAUUGUCAAUGAUUAAUUCAAGCUCAAAUACUCAUAAAGAGAGAUUGCAGCAUCAAACAAAGAUUCACUGGCUUGGAUGUUGUAUCAGUGCUACAUUAUACGCAUUUCAUCCAGUGCAUGUGGAAGUUAUCGGGUGGCCAUCAGCGCAACCUUACGCUCUGUGCGCUCUUUUCAGUAACCUUGCUUUGUACGUUUACGUUCGAGCAACUCACAAUCGACUGAAAAUAGCACAUCAAGGUAUAAAGAAUGUGAAGGCUGAGCUUUUAACCUGUCUUCUGAUUGAUAGGGGAUGGAGUGAUCUAGUGUAUUGUGGUUGUUAUUUGAGUGCAUUGCUGUCGAAAAGUGCGUGCAUCCUUCUGCCAGUGAGCUGCUUCCUGAUCGACGUGCUGGUAUGUGCAACUUUAUAUCCUCAAGUUCCCAGACCCACUUUUAAGCAGUGGUGUUUGUACUUUCGAAGAAAAGUACCCGUUAUCACGAUUCUGCUCUUCUUUAUUACGCUCACGUUUGCGUCUAAUUUUAACGGAAUGCAUCCUGAGGCCGAUUUAAUAUCGUUGACACUAGUCGAACGAGUAAUAAAGGCGACAUCGAUGCCAGUUUGGAUUCUACGUUUGCUACUAUGGCCUUCGAAACUGCGACCACACUACCAACUUCGACCGGAAGAUUUAAGUUUAGCCAACCAGGAUUGUCUAUUGUCUCUUUCGGCAUCAGCAGCUAUAUUACUUUACACAGUCUGGCUGAUUCAACAUCACCAGACACUGCAGCAUCUGCUUGCUUUGAUCUAUUUCAUCACGAUGGUGCUCCCAGUUUCAGGCUUUAUUCAGCAUGGCAUGGUAUCGGCUGGAUGUAAUCGAUACGCGUACUUGUGUGGUAUUAUUCUUGUGCCAUACGGAGGAGCCAUGCUGGCACGCUUGUUUGACUAUGAGAUUUCCAACGACGAAGAGCCCGAACACAGUCAAACUCGUCCAAAGCAAUCUCGAUCAAAGAGGGAUAGAAUCUUAGGUUUGAUUGUCGUUUUUCUUCUUUCUGGAACGUUUUCCACGAUCUCAAUCUCCUUAAUGGGCGUUUGGCGAAAUGAAGACGCGCUAUUAGAGUACUCAUUAAGAAUGGAUCCGACAGACUGGCGUAUUUUGGAUCAGCGUGCGACGUAUUUAGUUACGAGUGGACGCUAUUCGAGCAGCGAGAACGAGUGUCGACGUCUUUGGGAACUCGCGUACUUUUACACUCCAAUGGGAACGCUUAAAGCUGAUCUUUUUCGAUUGAAGAUCAAGAUAUGGCUAAAUGGAAUGGACAAUGAUGUAUGCGAAGGCUACAUGACGUUGCUUAAAGCUCACCCAGAUAAUUGUCACGUUCACAAUAACGUUGGGGUUUGUCUGACUGACCAAGGCAAGAUUAGUUUAGCAAGACAAGAAUUUGAGCAAGCUUUGCAGUGUUCAGGUUAUGAACAACUCUACAAAGUUCCACGUAAGAAUUUGGCGAGGUUAAUAGAAUGGGAAAACUUGAAGGAGAAAGCACAAGCCGAUGGAGAGGAGAUCGUACCUGAAAUAAAGUCACAGAUCAUGUUUUAA